AUGGUUGCACACACAGUCCUCUACUGGCUAGCAAGCCAAGGAGCCACCUCCACCACCGCUUCUACAGUCGCAGCCACAGUCGCAGAAGAGGCCGCCGUCCCUCUCAAAAUAUACCUCUCCAACAUUGCCGGUUCCUUAUCCAUUCUCUGCUGGUUUAUCGUCUUCACUCCUCAAUUCUGGAUCAACUACAAGCGUCAGUCAGGAGAGUCCUUGUCGCUCGUCUUUCUCUACAUCUGGCUUGCCGGUGAUAUCAUGAACCUGAUCGGCGCAACCAUGGAAAACCUGCUCCUCACCAUGCGUGUCCUUGCGUGGUACUACACCAUUGCUGAUGUUGCUUUGAUUGCCCAGAUCUUUUAUUACCGAAAGAACUCGGUCAAGGCGAGCUUCGAGUCCGUCAUCACCCACGCCAACCCCGACGCCCUCCACAGUGCUGCUGCUCACGGCGAGCACGCCCCCCUCAUUGCAGGUUCGACGGCCCACAACUACUCGAGUAUUGCCCCCUCUGAGCACGUCCACGAGAAUGAGCACGACCGUGUGAUCCACCAGGCUGCCAUGGUUGCCAAUGCCACCGCUGCCACGGGACACUACAACGACGAUCACCACCCUAUUGCUUCUGGACUCCCCACAACUGCCGAAUACCACGGCCAACGUCAACGUCGCCCCUCUGCUCACUCUGCCUUGACUUCGGGUUCUGGACGGUAUCGAUCCAAGAAGGCCAAGCGCCAGCAGAUGAUUCGUCGGGUGGUAAUGAUUGUCUUCCCCAUUGUAUUGGCUUCAUUCUUUAUCUGGGCUUACUACGACUGGCUCCAGUGCACCAUUGGCGAGGAUACCGAGGAGGGCUCUCGUUGCGGACGCGGAAACGGUGGUGGACAUGGCAAGCUCCCUCCCUCGCCCAAGCCCCCAUCCUCGGAUGACGACUCUAUUCUCUCGGUGAUGAACAAGGGCGACGGCUCUGAAGAAGAAGACAAGACGGGAUUCAUGCAAGUCUGGAUGCCAUUAAUCCUUGGCUGGGGCAGUGCUAUCCUUUACCUGGGUUCUCGCCUCCCUCAGAUCUACAAGAACUGGCGCCUCAAGUCCUGUGAGGGUCUGUCGAUCAUGAUGUUCUUGUUCUCAGUCUUUGGCAACGUCUUUUACGUCGCCUCGAUCUUUUUGAACUCGCUCGAAAUUGACUACUUGAUCAAGAACAUGCCCUGGUGGUUGGGUUCUGGUGGAACCUUGGUCUUUGAUUUCACAAUCUUUUUCCAGUUCUAUAUUUACCGGAAUAACAACCCCCUGGCCGAAGCGUUGAAGGAGGCGGCCGAGUCGGGCGAGUUGGACCAGAAUGCGCUUUUUGCUACUGCUGAGGAUGAUGGGUCUUCGUCGAUCAGUUCGAGCGAAGGGGAAGAUGAGAUGUCGACGACUGAGACGUUGAUUCCUCAGCACAAGAAGUCCAAGUCCCAGCAGCACCUUGCUUCCGGCUCCUCCAACGUGUAA